GGCAGUGCGGAUCCUUAGGACUCGCCGGGCCGCGAGGCAGAGGAACGGGAGCGCCCCGGGGACCCAGAGGCCUGGGCACGGGCGGCGGGGCUGGGCGCGCCAUGGAGUACGUGCUGUUCGUGCUCUACUUCUCCUUCUUCCUCUGCCUCUGCGCCCUGGUCUGCCUGUACUUCUCCGGCUGCCAGGAGAUGACCUACCGGCAUGAAGAAGCAUGUUGUGGAGACAUUUUUUGGAUUUGAUGAGGAGUCUGUGGACUCGGAAACCUUGUCAGAGACGUCCUGCAACACAGACAGGACGGACAGGGCCCCGGCCACCCCCGA